AUGACAUCACGCUACACUACAUCGACGUCGGUGCUCGCGACGCCACCUCGGUCGUGCUCGUCCACGGAUGGCCCGAUCUAUGUCAUCGCGCCAGAUAUGCGCGGAUUCGGUCGCAGCUCAAUUCCCCAAACUGUCGAAGGAUAUGGCACCAAGAAGGUGACGGGGGACCUCGCCGGACUGCUAGACUUCCUCAACAUCUCUCGCGCUGUGUUCGUCGGUCACGACUGGGGCGCUGUUAUCACGUGGCGCAUGUGCAUGUUCCACCCGGAGCGAGUUAUUGCGGUGUGUAGUGUUUGUACGCCGUACAUGGCACCGUCAGACGUGUACGUGGAUACAAACACGUUAGUCCGCGCCGUUCCUCAGUUUUCGUACAUGAGUUUACUUAGCCAGCCCGUGAAAGCUGCCAAGUUGCUAGAUGUUGCACCACGACGGCUGUUUACUGCCACGUUUAGGCUCUACACUGAUAUUGAUGCAUCUCUCAGCUUUACUGAGCUGCUUCGUGGUGUACCAGAAUCACAAAACCCAAUUUUUACGAACCCAUCCAAGUUACUGAACCUAGCAGAGCUGGAUUACUACGUGGCGGAGUAUGAGCGCUCGGGUUUUGCAGGAGGUUGCAACUACUACGCAGCACGCUUUAUCAACUUCAACGACGAGCGUGAGCUUCCUCCCUCCAUCUCACACAGAGCUCUCUUGAUCAGUCCAGCGGAAGAUCGUGUUCUUAAACCGGAGAUGGCAGCUGGCAUGCGCAAAUUAGUCCCGAAUUUGCGCCAACAGAUCGUGGCAAAUGCCGGACAUUGGGUUCUUUGGGAGCAAAAGGACGAAAUUACGAGGAUCCUGCAAUAG